AUGUCGUACGCUUGCAUGGGGCGAACGCUUUGCUCGGUGCGGCCACCCUUCGACAUUGACGAGGGAAAUGUCAGCAUGCAACAGGGACUAAGACUUAUGAAGGAGAGGAAGCGAGUGGCGUGGAUUUUACUCCUUCUAGCAGUAUUAUUCGCCAUGUGCUGGAUGCCGUACAACAUCAUGCAGUUGUUACUGGACAUCAGUUUAGUCGAUGCUAAGGAUCUCAGCAUGUAUUUACCUUAUGCUUUAUUUAUAGGUCAUGCGAAUUCAGCAAUCAAUCCCAUAGUGUAUUGCCUUAUGACGCGCAAUUUUCAGCGGUCAGCGCGGAAGCUGCUCUGCGGUCGAGGAGUUUGCAAACAGACGAAAUUCACGUGGCGGUGUGCUCAAAAACCUGAAGGAUCGUCCAGUGACUACGAGUUGUACCACGAACCGCACAAGAGGUGCUACUUACAGAUGCACACUAUGCGUUAUAAUAGCCACACCUUCGCCCAUCAAAUCCCACGUGGUAUUGAAACUAGGGCGCAGACAACACAGUUAAGCCACGUGACUCGCUCUUCGCGACGUACUGCGCCCACGCAUGCUCUCUCAGUCGAAAUGCUACAACGACACGGGCUUAUUGACUUAAAGCGUUAA